CGCAGACGCAGCCAGGCCGCGCUCGAGAUGCGUCGCGUCCGCUGAACUUGUGCGCUUUAUCAGUUAUCAAAUAUAAUUUUUAAAAGUUUUGUUUCGUUAAAAUGGGUCCGCAGUUUGACUACUGUUUACGUGCCACCAAUAAUCCAUCAUACUUCGCGCUCACGGACAAGGAGUCGCAAGAUGUGCCGGACAGCCGCGCCCCGGCCGAGGUGUGCUCGCGGUCGGCGCCAGGGCGCGUGUGGGCGGAGGGCGCGCGGGCAGGGCGCGGGGGGGAGGGCGUGCGGUCGCUGGGCGCGGCGCGGCGCAAGGAGCCCGAGAGCCCGCGCCGCCGCGAGUUCCGCGCGCUGCUGCGGUCGCUGUCGGCGCGCGAGCCCGAGCAGGCCGAGGGGUUCCUGCGCGGGCAGCCGAGACCAGGGGACAGGGCGCCCGGAGACAUGAGGCACACGUCCACCGCUCCCAGGAUCAAGAAAGGCAAAAUCAGCUCGACAGUAGUCACGCCGAACGGCUUGCAAGAGCGCGAGGAGGUCUUCUACACCAUUCCACUGCAAGGUCGCCGGCGGCACUCGGUCAGCGGCUACCUGGCGACCGGGCCCGGCGGCCUGGGCGAGGUCACCGUGGUGCCCAGCGAGGUGCCCACCAUGCCGCCCCCCAAGCCACAAGCCUCAGAUGAAGAGGUCCGCAAACGACGACCCAGGAACUUCCCGUUCAAAGAAAUGGAGGACAUCUCGAUACUGUGGAGCUCGGGGUCGCCGGAGAGCGCUCUGUGGUCCGACUACCUGGUCGCCAGCUUCGACAAGAUCAUGUCCCAGAGGGCGAGGCACCAUUACAGAGUAACCCCAAUGACGGUAGAAGAGCUGAUGGGCCCGGAUUCUCAAGAGAAGCUGAACAAAUUGGCCAAAGCGCAGCUGCAGAUUGUCAUCAUAUGUCCAAAGCUGACAGCCAAGAUGGCGGACCUCAAGAGAGAGACAAACAUGGAGAAUCUGUUCAAAGUGGACAAAGUCCUGGUGAUGCUGCUUGGGGUUGAGAAAAACGAUGUGGUUGCUGACAAUGCUGCUGACUACCCGAGCAUCGACCAAUGGCAGAUGAUGUCGGUCCGCGAGAAGGACACGUCAUUCGUGGACACAUUCCUGACGUCGGCCGUGGGCAUCCUGAGGACCAAAGACUGUCGGGACACCGCCACCGACCGCACCAGCUUUUCCAUCGUGCCGAAGAAGGUCAAACUUGGCCAAAGUCGGGUGAUAGCGCUGCUAAACGACCCUAUUAGAGAAGAAGACAGCAUUAAGAUAAUGGUCGAUAAGAAGGGAGAGGUCAUCCACAUCAACACGUUCAAGAAACGGAACCCAUACACGCUUCAGUUCGAUAUCCCUGAGUCAUGCCUGGAGGUGUCGAUGCUGGUGUGGGUGCGAGUCAGCAAGAACGGGCAGCCGCUGGGACGGAGGCAGAUCAAGUGCGAGAGCCGCCUGCGCGAGCUGGACCAACUGCUCAGGGCUUCUGAUCAUCCGCUCGAGUUUAUGUGUCAGACGCUCGGCUUCAAAGCGACCAGUAAGGAGCAGCUGGACAGCUGGAUGCUCAACGCUUUCCAGAAGAACAUUCCCCCGCACUUCAACUUGCUAGCUUCGCCUGAACAGUUCAACCCUAAAUCUGAUGUUUCGAGUGGCGAAGAAUACCCGACCCUCCUGCACUGGGCGGCCCGGUUCGGGCUCGAGCGCCUGUGCUGGCAGCUACUGGAGUGCCCGGGCGGGGGCGCCGCCUGUGCGCUCAGGAACGUUCGGCACCUCACGCCGGCCGAGCUGGCGAGAGAGCAGCGGCAUGAUAAACUGGCUGAUGUGCUCGCUUCACAUCUGCAAAUGAACGAAUUCUCCAACAUGUACUACUAUUUGAAAAACAUGACAGAGAACAACGAGGACGACAACAACAAAGAGAACAAAAUGGAGGAGGAACUGAGAAUAGUCGAGUCCGAAGACACAGUCGACUUCCCGAACUACACCAACGACCCGGCCAAAGAAGAGAACAAAGAAAUAACCGACCCAUUCAGUGAAGUCUGCACACAGAACUUGGAAGAAAACUUAAAGAAGGAAUACGAAAAGAAGCGACCGUCGCUAAAACUGCCGAAAGUAUCAGAGCAGCUUUACCAAAAUGACUUCGCAGCGCACACAGAAGCAGUCGAUAGAGUGCAACAAGCCAUUGAACACGACUACCUGGUCCAGCCAUCCAACAUUAAAGUUGAGAGCCCUAAGUUCAAAUGCAACAACUUCUACGUCAACAGCUCACGCCUCACCGCGCAACACUCAGACAACAUAUUCCUCUACUCACCCACCGAAGAAUCCAAAUCAUUCACCAUCGACACACCCACCAGUGAUAUUUGCCAAAUAAACCUCAAUACCAAAGACAUAAGGAGCAGUGCUAGUAUUAAGUCCGGAAAGGAAAGCUGUCCUCUGACUGGACAGGAGGAGUUAGCGGAAAUCAUUAACGAUUUCAAAAACAAUGUGUUCACAAUUUCUGAAGUGGAAAAGUUGGUGAUGGAAUGGAAGAAUAGAAACGAAACUCAGCAGUCCCUGAAGGAGAAACAGGAGCAACUGAACAAGAUGCGAGUUGAAUACGACAAGAUACAACAGAAGAUAAAGGACCACAUGAAGAGACCGACUCCGUUCGAGAGAGUCAAGAAAAUGUUCUCUAAGAACAAGAGCAAGCACUCUGAAAAUGGAUCAAUAGAAAAGCGCAACGGAAGCACAAGACCAAACAGCAGUUUGAGCGAGAGUUCUUCAUCAUCAGGUCGUCUCAGCACAGUGAGUGGCGGCAGUGUCGGGGAGACCAACAGUGUGCAAUCAGAGAUGGAUGACAAGGCUAGAUCUAUUAUAUCAUCCAGCACACUCACCAUGCACUCUGCAACUUCUGACAUCGACCACAAGUUGGACGACUACCUGAUCCCGCCGCCGCCGCGCCCGCUCAACGGAGGCCCGCAACUCACCACCUUCGGACACCCACGGCAUGAUCAGAUCAACAGAGGGCAGCACAUGGCAACGAUCGUCGAGCGUGAAACCUCAGCGUCGCGCGAGCGGCUCGACUGCGCAGACGCACGCAACGGAACGCAUCUGCUACUGAACUUCACCAACAGAGACCGCUUACCCAGUCGCUGCGACGACAGGGACGGCGCUCACAUGUAUAUGAACAUAUCUGCUACACAUACGUAGAGUGUAAGUUAAAUAAGAGUCGAUACUAUGUUACAUAAGACGGCAAGAGUAAAAGAGACAGACGGUAUUAUGUCCGUAUCUGACUCGAGCAUAUAAAUAACAAAAUUAAAAUGGUGACAGUCGCUCCUACUUAUGGAGAAGAGAAUUCCCAAUUGAGAGAAAAAGGGCGAGAUAGCAUGAGCCGGUCCGCCAUUUUAAUAUGAUUACGUCUUUGACUGCGGGCGUUAUGCGAAUAAAAUACAAUGGCUAGUUGCACCAAAAAUACUUAUCUCUGACUUUUAGAAAUAGUCAAUGAUACGUCCAGCAAUUUGUAAAAAUUAAGACGACAUUUUUAAAACGCUAUACGAAACAAAUGGAAUAUUAGAUCUUUGCGCUUCAAUAUAAAUAGAAGACUGAGUUUAACACGUUUAAUGAACUGAUGUAAAUAGGCGAUUUUUGUAAAUAGUAGAACAUUUAGUGACAAUAACAUUUCCUUAUUUAUUUAUUAUUUGUAUUUAACUACUGAAACAAUAAUUAAAUAUAAUAAAUUUUACCAUGAUUUAUGAAUUUGUAUUCUCUGUUUGAUCAAAGAGGUACUCAUUUUGUGCAAAAUGUAUAACCGAUACGUUUACAGCCAUGAAACAUUGCUGAUGAUUGAAUUUUAAUAUUUAUAAUGCAUGUUUUGUGUAUAGUAUAGAAUAGAUAAAUGUAUUGAAUUACCUAAGUACCUACGUAACUAUAACAUUUUAAAUACUCUAUACAUUAAUAUAUUUUGCAUUUACAUAAUAUUAUAAACAAACAGUACAAGAUCUGAGAUUGUAGUAGAUAUACCAACUGUAAUAGAUUAUUUUUGUAAUGUAUAAAUAGUAGAUACAAAUUUAUAUAGGUAUUAACAGUUAAUCAUACCAUUUUUUUUUGGGGUAAUCAUCUAGAUGCGAUUUUAGUCUAUGUAUUCAUGAUAACGGUUUAUCAUUUAUUGGUAGGUGAACUGUUAAAUCCUGUACUUAUCUAGUAGUAAAAAGCAUUUAUACUAUAUUUCUUAAUAAAAAUAAUUAAAUAAAGUAAAUUACCUA